AGACAUGACUACAUUGAUUUCCUUCCUGAUUUUCAAGAAAGGGAAGUUGAAACUAACACCAUCCAUUUUAGAGUGUUAUCCUCACUUAGGACAUUGUUAUAUAAUAGCCUACACAUAUGCGUCGUCUUUAUUUUUUCCUCUUCACCCUGACCCAAGUGUCUUCCAGCACCCUCAAAGUCAUUGGCUUCUUUGGGCACAAUGUCACUUUGCCCUGUAUGUAUGACAGCCUAACUCAUGGCGUCCUGAGUUUCUGUUGGGGACGAGGGAUGGUGCCCAGGUCCCAAUGCUCCAACACCAUCCUCUCCUCACAGGAUGGGGCUGAGCAUUUCAGGCAGUCUCCCAGGUACCAGCUGCUGGGCAGGGUGACCGACGGAGAUGUGUCGCUGACCAUCCUGGAUGCUCAAUGGAGUGAUGCCGGUGUGUACGGCUGCAGGAUCGAGAUCCCCGGGUGGUUUAAUGACAAAAAGAUCAACACAUACCUGGUCAUUGAGGAAGCCCCUGUGGAACAACCUGUUACCCAGGAAUGGACACCGACUGCAGGUGACACAUUGACAACAUUAUUGACUAACAAAGUUGAAGUUGGUGAAACAAUUGGAAUCACAACAGCGGAGGAAAAAAUUAAAGCGGGAAACAUUGGCAGAUUGGCAGCUAUUUUCUUCUUCAUCAUAAUCAUCACCCUUGUCUUUGUUUUCCGGAGGAGGUUUCUGCCGAAGAGGACACUUCAACAUCUCAACAACUCAACUGCUGAGAACAUUUAUGAAGUAUUAUAAAGUGUUCUAGAUGAGAUGGUCCACAAAGGAGUCUAUAAGAAACUGCUAGCUGAAUGUGUCAUGUGCUGACUCUAUCCACCUCCUCAGCUUUAAAGGCAAACCUUUUGAACCCUUUUCCACGGUAAAGCAGCUUACAGGAUCCUUUUAUUCUCAGAUGGCUCCGAAAAAAUCCAAAGUGUGUCAUAUGUGGCUGAGAAGAUGAUAAAAUACCCUGCAGAAUAAUUAAUAUGCAAUUUGUUGAUUUUUCAUGACAAAAUUGAUCUCACAGCCCAAGUAUAAUAGUGGUUUAUACUUGUGGGCGCAAUUCCACCUGUUGGACUAAAUGCAUUAUUAUCAAUAUAUUGGCGAAGAUUCCACCUUGAAUUUACUGCACACUCAAUCAAAUGUCUAUUCCUAUUCUGUUUUGAAGAACGUUGGAUCUGAUAUCGGAAUUGUAUAUGAUUUGUUUAAAAAUUGGCAAAUCCACAAUACAUGCUUCUCUCAGGCCUAACUCUCAGGUCAAAAAAAAUUGUAUUUGGGUUCAUUUUAUGAUUGCUCAAUUCCACUGUCAAAUUUUGCUGUGAGGUGAAAGAAAUCAGGUUUCUUCAGCCUAAUAUGAUUUUUAAAUAUUUCGAGGAGUCACUCUAAAAAGUCAAUGUCUUUUAUGAAAAACAAUAUCACAUUAUAUCUCUGUUUUUCUUCAAAUUACAUCAUCACUAAGGUCCAUCUAUAUUCAGAAGAUGCACAAAAUUAAGCCACAUUUGGAGAACAA